GCGGUAAGCGGAGGGUGUUUUUUAUCAGGGCGCACCGGAAGCGGGUUUCUCGCUGAGCACCUUCUCCUUCCGGCGGUGGAAGUGCGAACUCACCCGGCCUGUGUUAGGAAAUAAACAUGGCGUCCGUGUGGGAUGAGGCAGAGCUGGAUGGGGUGGGAGAGGAAGUCCUCAAGAUGUCUACAGAGGAGAUUAUACAGAGAACCCGGCUUCUGGACAGCGAAAUAAAGAUAAUGAAAAGUGAGGUUUUGCGUGUUACACAUGAAUUGCAAGCAAUGAAAGAUAAAAUCAAAGAAAACAGUGAGAAGAUUAAAGUGAAUAAAACUCUUCCAUACCUCGUGUCCAAUGUCAUUGAACUCUUGGACGUUGACCCUAAUGACCAGGAGGAAGACGGAGCCAAUAUUGACUUAGAUUCACAGAGGAAGGGAAAAUGUGCUGUUAUAAAAACAUCUACUCGGCAGACUUACUUCUUGCCAGUUAUUGGCUUGGUUGAUGCAGAAAAACUGAAGCCUGGAGAUCUUGUGGGGGUGAAUAAGGAUUCAUAUCUGAUUCUGGAGACUCUUCCUACAGAGUAUGAUUCCCGUGUGAAAGCCAUGGAAGUAGAUGAAAGGCCAACUGAGCAAUACAGUGACAUUGGCGGUCUGGACAAGCAGAUUCAGGAGCUCGUAGAAGCCAUUGUCCUCCCAAUGAACCACAAAGAGAAGUUUGAGAACUUGGGUAUCCAGCCACCGAAAGGAGUUCUCAUGUAUGGCCCUCCUGGCACUGGGAAGACUCUACUGGCAAGAGCAUGUGCUGCACAGACAAAGGCCACCUUUCUGAAGCUGGCUGGUCCACAACUAGUACAGAUGUUCAUUGGAGAUGGAGCCAAACUGGUUCGAGAUGCUUUUGCAUUGGCCAAGGAGAAAGCUCCUUCUAUAAUCUUUAUUGAUGAGUUGGAUGCUAUUGGAACAAAAAGGUUUGACAGUGAGAAGGCUGGAGACAGAGAGGUGCAAAGAACGAUGUUGGAGCUUCUAAAUCAAUUAGAUGGUUUUCAGCCCAACACACAGGUCAAGGUGAUCGCAGCUACGAACCGUGUGGAUAUCCUGGAUCCUGCAUUGCUGCGUUCUGGGCGUCUGGAUCGGAAGAUUGAAUUCCCAAUGCCCAAUGAAGAGGCCAGAGCCCGAAUUAUGCAGAUCCACUCCCGCAAGAUGAAUGUCAGCCCGGAUGUGAAUUACGAGGAGCUUGCUCGUUGUACUGACGACUUCAACGGUGCGCAGUGUAAAGCAGUGUGUGUGGAAGCUGGUAUGAUUGCACUUCGCAGGGGGGCCACAGAGUUGACUCAUGAAGAUUACAUGGAGGGAAUCUUAGAAGUGCAAGCCAAGAAAAAGGCCAAUUUGCAAUAUUAUGCGUAGACUAUGGGAACAGAAAUCGUGUUGUGCUCGGACUGUUCAGUUUAUGUUACUGGAAGAAAUAAACAAGACCUCUUUAACUGUACAA